CCAGAUGACAGCGACGAACGGGCUGUUGCGACCGAGGAGGCGACGACGGUUUACGAGCACAUGCCUCCGGAGGGCGAAACCGGACCUCAGCAGCAAGUGCUGGUUUCCAGUCGUCAACCGGCCACAGGGGCCAAGGGUCGUGUCGUUCGCGGCGUUCUUUGGCUGACCGCUGAUCCGUGCAUCAUCCGUAUUCUUCCCAUGGUUGCUGUACGAACGUGCAAUUACGGUGUCUUUCUCGGGCCGAUGCCGGAUUGCCUUGAACCGACGACGACGGCCAUCACCCACGCCCUCUCCUGGUUGGUCAUCGUUCUACCGUUGCCGGUGGUCUUUCUUCCCCGAUAUCUGCGUCCGAUGGUUCGUGCACACGCCUUGAACGACAAUGUGGCUGCAGUUUGCCAUCGUCAUGGCUGUCUGAUGCCAGCCGGCAGUUUCAUGCCGUUCGGCCAAAUCCCUCUCGUAGCCGCGUUAAUCCCCGGCCAGACCGAGCGAGUGCCCGACGACCGUCGUCGCGCGCCGUCGGGACCACCCGCGCCUCCCGCCAAAUCCGCUACUCUCCCUCGACCGAGUGCCAGUCUUUCACCGGCUAAUCCGCCAUCGCUGACCAGGCGUUUUGCUUACCUUGUUAAGUACCACUCGGCAGACAGAAAGCGUCAAGUGAUAUUCCUCCACACAUCUGCUGCUUCAGCUGUUGCCAGCUUGCGCUGA